AGGUCUUAUGAGAUAGGUAACCGUUCGCCAGUCACAAACCCUUUGGCCAAACGAUAUAUAUCCAUUGACGCUCUCGCUCGUUCUCUUACAACUUUGGUUCAGUCUCUUUAUUUAUCGAAGACAUAAGAACAACCCAUACAUACUUUAAGCCUCCCCACUAGUUGUCUUUCAGUCCCGUAAUGUCUCUGGGCUCCUGCAAUCUAUAAGCAAACGGAAUCAUGAGCUCGUUCACCCAGAAUCUGUGUAGGAGUGUCCAAGCACCAGGGGUGGCCAAGAGGUACCGAGACGCUGGGUUAGGGCUGGCCUUCAUAUUACUGAACCAGAUCAUACUCAUCCCUAUCCAAAUCGGGCUUGACUACUGUUCCAUCAACAUUCCUGCCUCCAUCCUUAUCAUGAUUCUCCUGUCGGCCAUCAUGAUUAUCUCCAACCGUAUUUAUGGAGGUACUACACAAUUCUACGCAAAGCAUCUACGUGGACCCUCUGACUUCCUCGGCCGUCACAUGUCCUUCGGUUUUGUAGCAUCUUUCAUCAUGCUCAACAAGGACCAUGUAUCCAAUGCUAUAGAUAUCCCCAGGAUAGCCGGAGCUUUCAUCAUUACGUCUCUUGUGGGCUGCAUUGGAUCCGCGGUCAUCGCAUCCGGCUGCUCCAAGCUCGAGUCCCGGCUCCGAGGACAACGCCGAGUGAAAGUUGCCGAAGAUCUCGAAAGCUUCAACAAGUCCUGGCCCAGCCCCUCCACCGCAUGGCCAGCUCCAUCCGCGGAAAAGUCCCCCAUGGUGAUCGCGGAACUGUCUCGGGUCAGCGAGUCUCUCGCGCAGAACCAAUCUCUCCUAUCCAUGGAAUCGGUAACCCAGGCCCCGACGGGGCAAUUCUUUGACUACAUCGUCCGCACGGGCCCCACGUGGAUCUGCAUCGUCCUCACCAUAACUGUCGGGAUCCCCGUCUACUUCGCGACCAAGUACGAGACGCCCUUCGAAGCCCUCUGCUUCAUCCUGUUCUGGGUGCUAGCAGUCCAGUUCCAGCGCUCGCUGAAGCGCUCGUGCCGUCUGCUGCAGCACCCCCGCCUAGCAUCAACUCUCGUGAUCCUCGCGAACCCGGUGCUGAUCACCUGGGGGCUCGGCACCGCGUACCUCUGGAUCAAGAUGGCGUGCACCGGGCACACCAUCGCGAGCGUCGUCGUCGCGUUCCGGAGACACAACAACCUGCCCGAGGGCAUCAUCGCCGUCGCGGGGGGCGGCGGCCUAGCGAGCCACAUCGGAGCUGGCGAUCUAGCCGGCCCCGUGCUCGACGCGGGCAUCGUCUGCUUGGGCUUCAAGAUGUUCGAGUACCGGUCCGAGCUGUGGGAGAGCUUCGUGACGGUCGUGACCACGUGCGCGCUGCUCGCCGUGGCCAACGUAUUCCUCAAUGUCAUCGUCGCCCACGCGCUGGGCCUGAAGGCAGAAGACGCCAUCGCCUUCGCGGCCCGCUCCGUCACCAUCGCGCUCGGCGCCCCCGCGGUGCAGAACCUGGGCGGGAGCACGACGCUGAUGAGCGCGAUGGUCAUAUUCAGCGGCAUCAUCUUCCAAAUGGCGGGGGAUUGGCUUUUCUACGUUCUACGCAUCAACGACCGCGAUGAUUGCCGAGCCAGGGGCAGCACCAAGAGCCAAGACAGCAGCAGCAGCAGCAGCAUAGACAAGGAGAAGGAGAAGGAGAAGUCUGCCGCACCACUCCUUGCGGAUGAGGAAAAAGAAGCUCGACGGAACGGCGGCUCGGACAACAGCGUGCUCGUCUCGGCUGGUGUGACGGUGGGCAUCAACGCGGCGGCGAUGGGGACGGCGCACCUGAUCGAGCGGAACUCGAGAGCGACCGCUUACUCAGCGCUUUCGAUGACCGUGUUCGGGGCCAUGACGGUGGCACUUACGGCAAUUCCCGGUGUCUCAGAGGCCAUCAUCACACUGGCAUCGCGAUGAGUUUGAGUUGUCGAGGUUCCCCCCCCCCCCGAGUAUAGGGCGGGACAAUGAGUCAUGACAUCCGGAAGAUCACGAUGCUUGACGAGAAUACGAGACCGAAAGGGUGACGUUGCAUGGAAGAAAACUUUUUUUUCAGGCAUAGCGAAUGAUACCACUACAUAUGCGCGAUAGACAUACUUGCAGGUUUGGCGGUGUUUGGAAAUGUGUUUGUCUUGCUUUUGUUAUAUUCCAGUAUUUAUCGGCUUAGCAUAGGUAGCUUCGAUGAAUGAAUCCAAUAGAUACCUAACCUCAAUAUCAAUAU